AUCAAAUAUUACUGUGUAAAAUAAAAAGAGACAACGUCCUCUUUACAGAUGACAUAUAGAUGUAUAAGACUCAAUAUGGAUUUUGAACCUAGACAAUCGGCGGUGAACAAACGCAAAUGGUCAGGCGAAGAGGAAUGUGAAUUUGAAGAAAAGAAACGGAAGAUUCAAUCUGACACAGAUCUGAAUGGUUCACUACCACCUUCAAUUUAUCAUGGUAAGGAAAGUCUUCUCGAACAGCAAGUAUCCAAAAUCCAACCAAUCAAAAUCGGCUCUGAAAAUGAUGAUCAACAAGGAAGAGGAAAUAAGAACAAUUUGGAUUCCGAUUGUUUUAGAGAAAGGGGCGAGUUUGUUGCCUACACCAUUCACAGAAAAGAAAUAUUACCCCUUCCUGUGGGAACAUUAACCUUUGAAUCCGAAACUACUUUUUCGACAAACUUGACAAAUGUCAAAGAAGAUAAAGAUGGAAAUUACAUUGAACUUGCUGAAGAUUCUAGAAAGAAUUACAGACCUAUUGAAGUAAGCAGCACAAACAACCUUGAGAAUGGAAAUAACAGUCAAGCACAAUCGCCCUAAUAUAAAGAAAAGCAGUUUGGAAAUCUCUCAAAGGAAUCAAUCCCAAUUUUCUUGGAUGAGGAUUCAAACACUUUUGACUCCAAAACUGAGAGUAGAACUUCACUACAGCUACGUAUACAUCUACCAGAAAACAAAGAUGAUGAAGAUUUGAAUCAUCAAGGAGAGACCAGUGAAGUAUAUAAAUGCGAUGAAAGGUCUUUGGAUUUAGAAAGAUUGGGCGAAAUCGAGUUUUCAAAACAUUACGACAUUUAUUUACAUAAAAAAAGAUGACGAUACAAAAAUAAGCGAGUCAACAUUGAUUGUCAAAG